CGUCACGUGGCGAGUCAGCCGGGCGCCGGGCGGGCGGGGCCGGCCGGGUAAAAGGGCGCGGGGCGGGCGGCGGGGCUACGGCGGCUGCUCGGCACCGGCGGCGGGCGUGCGAAGAGGCUGCAAGCCAGGCUCUCCCGGCUGCGCUCGGGCCAUCGAGGAUCCAACUUGCAGGAUGUGGCGGCUCUUGGCCCCUCUCUGCUGCCUGCUGGCACUCACCAGUGCCUGGAGCAACUCUCAUCUGCACCCACUGUCGGAUGAGCUGGUCAACUUCAUCAACAAGCAGAACACGACGUGGCAGGCUGGGCACAACUUCUACAAUGUGGAGGUGAGCUACCUGAAGAAGCUGUGCGGCACCAUCCUGGGUGGGCCCAAGCUGCCCCGGAGAGUUCAGUUUGCUGAUGACAUACAACUGCCUGAAAGCUUCGACGCCCGGGAGCAGUGGCCGAACUGCCCAACCAUCAAGGAGAUCAGAGACCAGGGUUCCUGCGGCUCCUGCUGGGCAUUUGGGGCCGUGGAAGCCAUCUCGGACCGGAUCUGCAUCCACACCAAUGGACACGUCAACGUGGAGGUGUCGGCUGAGGACAUGCUCACCUGCUGUGGCGGCCAGUGUGGGGAUGGCUGUAAUGGUGGCUACCCCGCUGGCGCUUGGAACUUCUGGACCAAGAAAGGCCUGGUGUCCGGAGGCCUCUAUGACUCCCACGUUGGUUGCAAACCCUACUCCAUCCCUCCGUGCGAGCACCACGUCAAUGGCACCCGGCCCGCGUGCACAGGAGAGGGAGACACACCCAGGUGCAGCAAGACCUGCGAGCCUGGCUAUGCCCCAUCCUACAAGGACGAUAAGCACUACGGCUACAGUUCAUACAGUGUCACCAGCGACGAGAAUGAGAUCAAGGCGGAGAUCUAUAAGAACGGCCCCGUGGAGGGCGCCUUCACCGUGUACUCAGACUUCCUGAUGUACAAGUCAGGGGUGUACCAGCACUUGACCGGUGAAAUCAUGGGCGGCCAUGCCAUCCGCAUCCUGGGCUGGGGCGUGGAGGACGGCUCCCCCUACUGGCUGGUGGCCAACUCAUGGAACACUGACUGGGGUGACAAAGGCUUCUUCAAAAUCCUCCGAGGGCAAGACCACUGCGGCAUCGAGUCGGAAGUGGUGGCCGGAAUCCCACGCACCGAUCAGUACUGGCGACAGAUCUAAUUGGGUGGCGGACUGGCCAGCCCCCUCCCCCAUCCUGGGGGAGUCACCCCUCGCUGUAUCCAAGUCGGGCUGGGGAUGAGAAGAGUUGGGGUGGGGGUGGGUAGGAAUGUCUUUCCACACAAGAUGCAGGAGAUUUUUGACAGGGCCUGAAGGACUGGACUGGGCCCAGCUUGUGGCCACUGUCAAAGCAUCUCUUCCACGGAGAUGCUUCAGAGGCCGGCCCCCUUCUAGCCUGCUUGGCAGACAGUGGUCAUGACACAACAGGCCCUGGGGGCCACCAUUGUGAGCACAGGAUUCCCUUUCCCUGUCGCCCCCUCCCCCCCAUAAACUAGGCUGUUUGUCACCCCUGCUGCUCCCAGCUCUGGCUGUUACCCUCUGCCCCUCCUCUCUCCAGAGACCUGUCAGUAUUGGGAUUCCUGACAACGACUGUUAUCCCUCCGGCGCAGCACCUCCGAGCAAGUGGCCUCUUGGAUUCAUACCUCGUUUGGAGGAGAGAGGGAGGCAGCAGCCCACCCAAAAAGCCACUUUCCCCCAGGGUCCCUGCACCUUGGCAAGCUCUGCAGUGUCAGAAACCCCCUCUGGCUUUGUCUUCAGCAUGGUCCUUUUUUAAUAGAAGUUUUAUUUUUUUGCAUACUUCCACUGAUCAUGUGAACAAACAGAUGUAAGGGUUGGAAGAGCUGUACUUGUUUGACAGAUCAUCUCCCAAUGAUAUGGCUUAGAACAGAACAAAAACAAACCCCAGUGGCCUGGAUUUGCUGCUGGUCUCUCCUGACAUCAACUAGCACAGUGAGACUAGCGUGGGAGAAACCAGCUUUUACUGUUUGAUAAAAAUCACUGCUUUGCCCUGUCAGUUUAACAAGGAAUGACUGUGCCAAUAAAAGGUUUCUCCUUCCA